AAUUUUGGAUUUAGUGACGUGAAAAAACGCCAUUGGUACAUUCCAAGAGCACCCAUCACCAAAUUCUCAACUCAAUCUUCUUCGUCAAAAGCGAAGCUUUUUUUUUUCUUUAUCUUUUCCUUGAUGGGUUUCAUCUCUUGCAUCUCAUUUCCCACCAUCAAUUCAGUAAUUCCAUCGACCCAUUUCUCCAAGCAAUCGACUUUAGCAUCUUCAUAUUCAUUUAACUUUGCUUUGAGACGCGAGGAUAAACCCAACUUCUCACUGUCACUAUCAACGUCUUCGAUAAUGGCGACUCCUAUUCAAGCCUCUUCCACCUCCUCCAUCAUUGGUGAGACCAGUGAUGGCUUGAAGGUCCAGUCUCAUGUUUCGAUUGGGGCAAACGAUUUGCUUAUUGUUGGACCAGGUGUUCUUGGACGCUUAGUUGCAGAAAAGUGGAGAGAGGAACAUCCAGAUUGUCAAAUCUUUGGGCAGACAGCAACAACAACCCAUCACGCUGAGUUGGAGAAGUUGGGUAUCAAACCAUCACUUAAAGGAACUGAAUUUGAGGGAAAGUUCUCCUAUGUGAUCUUUUGUGCUCCUCCAUCACAAAGCCCGGACUACGCCGGUGAGGUCAGGACGGCAGCAUCAAAAUGGAACGGCGAAGGAUCAUUCUUAUUCACAUCUAGUUCUGCGCCUUAUGACUGCUUUGAUAAUGGAGAAUGCAACGAGGAUUCUCCAGUAGUGCCACUGGGAAAAAGCCCAAGGACCGAUGUGCUUUUGAGAGCUGAAAAAGUAGUGUUGGAAUGUGGAGGGACUUUAUACACAGAGACUAGAGGUGCACAUACUUACUGGUUGAGUAAGGAGACAGUUGAUGCUCGUCCUGAUCAUAUCUUGAAUCUCAUACACUAUGAGGAUGCAGCAUCGCUGGCAGUUGCAAUCAUGAAGAAGAAAGCUGGUGGUCGGAUUUUCUUGGGUUGUGACAACCAUCCUUUGUCAAGGCAAGAGGUGAUGGACCUGAUGGCUCAAAGCGGGAAAUAUGAUAAGAAAUUCAAAGGUUUCACGAGCACCACUGGUCCUUUAGGGAAGAAGCUGAACAACUCACGGACACGACAGGAAAUAGGAUGGGAGCCCAAGUAUCCAAGCUUUGCUCAGUUUCUUGGAGUAUCAAAGUAAUUACUAUUGGAUCCAGAUGACUAAGGAGUGCCCCCUAAGAGAAGAAACCAAGAAAGCUAGAUAAUUGCUUUAGAGAUGUCAUUUGUUUACGUUUGGUUCAAACAAAUGAAAUGUUCAGAAUUCUUCAUAAAGCUCCAUGAUACCAAUUUCACCUCAAAGUAUAGACAAAUGUUUAUACAGAAACAUCUCUUUGAAUCAGGAAAAAAAACUGAAAAGGUUUGAUUCUUCCAUUUCCACAAACAUCUAAUGCAAAUUCAUUAAGCAGUAAAUCAAAACGACUAUAGUUUCUUUGUACUAUUUCAUGCAUCACUAUUCAC